AUGGAACUAAUUGAUAUCGAGAUUUCUCCCGGAAGAGAUGUUGUAGAGAGUUUCAUUAACUUGGCUCAAUCUCAACAAGCUGGAAUCACCGUGUUGAGUGGUUCUGGUCUUGUAUCCGAUGUUACCAUUCUCCUUCCAGAAGCACGUGUCAUCGAUUUUCCUCUUGAAGGACAGUUUAAUAUGAUAUCUCUCAAGGGAACUUACUUAAAUCCUAAUAUUGAUCAGCCUUCUCCCUCAUUGUUGAGUAUUACCUCAUCAAAUGCAAAUUUUUCCAUUUUUGUCUCUAGCGGCAACCAAGGACAAGUUUUUGGUGGAAAAGUUAAAGGAAAGAUUAUGGCCGCAAGCGUUGUUAAGAUUACUGCUGCUCUUUUUAAGAAUCCUGAAUAUCAUAGGUUGGGCAAUAUUGUUGGAAGUCCUCACGAGAUGAAAGAUGAUAGACUGCCCAAAAUUAAUACUGAUCGUUCUGAACAUGAGUCCCAAAACUUCACCAAUACCAAUAAUUAA